AUGCAGAAUAAGAAGAUGAACGUCGAAGUGCGCACAGAACGUGUGCACAAGACAAUGGCGAUGUUAGAGGAGCGUUACCGCAACUCAGACAAGGAGCCCGUACACUUCCAAUUCCUCAAAGUCCAGAGGUACAUAGCACUGAAGUACUAUGGAUUGCAAUCAGUUGUGGACAUCCUAAUCAAAGGAGACAAGCAACCGGAUGGAAGUGAAGGACACUUGUCUGACAUAGAACAUACCAAUUUUCAUACUAUGACUGAGACACACAUAAGAACGGCGGCUAUGACACAAGCAGAGCGUAUGUUGCGGGAUCAGGCGCGAGCAGCAAACAAGCGCAACAGCGCACAGACGAACAGGCAAGUGGUGGAUAACUCUACAAACGCUAACAAACGGCACACGCCAGAUGAUGGUGCACACAACCAGAACAAGCAAGGGGGGGCAUACAAAGAAAAAGAAACGAGCACGUGA